AUGUUGGUCAAAGAUAACAUGCCACUUUGGUCGACUGAAAAAGAUGGUUUUAAACUUUUAAUGAAAACAGUGGCACCGAAGUAUAAAAUUCCAUCUAGGAAGACCAUCUCCAAAAUAAUAAGUUCAAAGUAUGAUGUACUAUCCACUCAAAUAAAAAAUAAACUAUCGUUAGUGGAAAAUAUCACCUUAACGACAGAUAUUUGGACAGACACCAUCAAUACAAAAAGUUAUCUUGGCAUGACCGGACACUUUCUAAGUCUAUCCAAAUUACAGUUGGAAAGUGUCACAUUAGGUGUUCUUGAACUACAAGAACAUACAUCAGAAAAUAUCAUUGGGUGUCUUAACAAUCUGCUUGUUAAAUGGGGUAUUGAAAAAAAUCAAAUAAUUCUUGUUGUAACUGAUAAUGGCGCUAACAUACAUCAGAAAAUAUCAUUGGGUGGCUUAACAAUCUGCUUGUUAAAUGGGGUAUUGAAAAAAAUCAAAUAA